UUGAAAGUGUAAUUUUGGAGAUAGUAAAAAUUCAAGGGAGAACAUGAGAGAGUAUUCAUAAUCAUAUUGAUACGGUCAGGCACUCAGGCAGCGGGACAGUUUCAUCCCAUUUUUAGGACAUUAUUUCCCUUUCUCCCGCGCCUCCGUUUCCCACGAAGCCUUCAUUCUCCACCCCCGCCACCGUUCCCCGACCACCAUUCGCCGCCCAUACCUGCCCCGCCGUGUUCAGAAUGACGAGAUCGCGUUUACUCAUAUUCCUCCUCGCAUUGCUCAUCUCCAGCUCCACCGCCGAGAUCAAGAAGCUGAAGAUCAUUUCCGAUUCCCGGCCGAUGAUUCUGUUCGAGCGGUUCGGGUUCACCCGCAUGGGCCACGCCACCAUCAGCGUCUCGUCGGUCUCCGUCGCGUCCUCCGUCGCCACGCCGGAACCGUCUCAGCUCGGAUUCUUCCUCCUUUCCGAAGAAUCCCUCAUCCAGGUCCUGAUCGAGCUCCAGCAGAACGUGGCCUUCUGCGUUCUCGAAUCCAAGUACAUAAAUCUCCUCUUCACCUUCCGCGAUCUGUCGCCCCCGCCCGCCUCCUCCUUCAAUCGAUCGUAUCCGAUCACCUUCCCGGACGAAUACUCCUUGUUCUUCGCGAAUUGCGCUCCAGAAUCAAAGGUGUCCAUGGACGUCCGCACCGAGCUCUACAACCUAGACAACGAAGGGCAGGUCAAGGAUUACCUCUCCGCUGGUCUAACCCUAAUUCCGACCCUAUACUUCAUCUUUUCGCUAAUCUAUUUCGGAUUCGCGGCCUUAUGGGUGCAAAUCUGCUGCCGGAACAGGGGAUCGGUGCACAGGAUUCACCUAUUGAUGGCGGUCCUGCUCAUCACCAAAGCCCUAAAUCUACUCUUUGCGGCGGAGGAUAAGCAUUACGUCAAGGUGACCGGAACUGCCCAUGGCUGGGAUGUGUUGUUCUACAUUUUCCAGUUCAUCCGCGUGGUUUUGCUCUUCACAGUGAUCAUCUUGAUUGGCACAGGAUGGUCAUUCCUAAAGCCAUUUUUGCAGGAGAGGGAGAAGAAGGUGCUGAUAAUUGUGAUCCCCCUCCAGGUUCUGGCCAACAUAGCAUCUGUUGUGAUUGGGGAAACUGGCCCCUUCAUCAGAGAUUGGGUGACUUGGAAUCAGGUGUUCUUGAUCGUCGAUGUAGUCUGUUGCUGCGCGAUCAUCUUCCCCAUCGUGUGGUCGAUCAGGUCACUGAGAGAGACCUCAAAGACAGACGGGAAAGCAGCGAGGACCUUGGCGAAACUGACCCUUUUCAGGCAGUUCUACAUUGUGGUGAUUGGGUACCUUUACUUCACAAGGUUUGCAGUGUUUGCCCUACAGACCAUUUCGGCUUACAAGUACCAGUGGGUCGCAACUGCUGCCAAAGAGAUUGCCAGCCUGGCCUUCUACGCCAUCAUGUUUUACAUGUUUAGGCCCGUGGAGAAGAACGAAUACUUUGCUCUCGACGACGAGGAAGAAGAGGCUGCUGAGAUGGCUAUCCGUAGUGAGGAAUUUGAGAUUUGAGAUCGAAUCCUUCAAGCAGUUCUCUAGCUACAUGACCACAUAUGCACAAACCCUUAGCUCCAAGUUUUUGAGCUGCGGAAAAUAAAAACAAAACUUACGCCCUCUGUCCAUAAUUUUUUUUCUUGUCCCACAAAGUCCUUAUAUCUAUUAAAAACUAUUUUUACACAUACGAAUUCUUAUAAUACUCCCUCCGUCCCGUUAUAUUCGUCCACUUUUGACUUUUGGAACUGUUCAUCUAAGCACUUUGACUCAUCAAAUUCUCUCAAUGUGUAAGCCUAAAUAUAGUCAUGCGUGAUCUUGUUUGAUUUGUCUUAACAUAUAGAUUAUUAAUAUAUAAUUUCUAUAAUU